CAAAUAGUAUUUAGGAACGACAUAUCACGUGGUUCAACGGUCGGGCCCAUACUUUCUAUUCGCUUGGACAUCCAAACAGUGGAUAUUGGUUGUCCACAAAUAGCAAUGCAUCAUUCUAUAUGCAAAUUGAAGAGUACAUCGAGUAUCCAUCAGGCUACUACAGUGCACUUAGCCUUCUACCGACAAAUUCCGCAUAUUUUGGCAUCCAUUUCAUAA